CGUAUUGAUGCAAAUAUGCAUCAUGGUGUUAAUUCUUAUACACUUUUUCAUUUGAAGAGGUAUAAAAUAUAUAAACAUAAAACUAAGUAUAAGGAAAUCAUUGAAUAUCUGAAUAAUUGUUAUGAGAAAACAUGUCUAAGAUCUAAACUUGUGACAAAGUUUAAAAUGAGGGAAGAAAAUAUCAAAAUAUUAAAAAAACUUGGCCAAGAUGUUAUAUCCUUUCAGUACUCACAAAAAAAACUUAAUCGUAGACCAUUCAUCAUGGUCCAUUUAUUGAAUUAUGAAAAGGCCCUUUCAGAACUGCCCAAGUUUAUAAACAUCAAUCCUCAUCCUCCCCCCAGAUCAAACAAACUUCUUUUGAAAUUAAAUUCUACAUAUGACCAAGAUUUUGAUGAAAUUUCUGAAAAAGAUAAUUCUGCUGGGACUAGUUCUCAUGACGAUAGUGUAAUAUCUGAAAAUAGCAAAAUCAACAAAGUCUUUUUUAAAAGACAAAAAAGUUUAGAAAACAUGGAAAAUAUAAAUUGCAUGCGACAUUAUUUGCACAUCAAAACUCCAAUGAUGGCACAAGCAUACAGUUACAUAGUGCAGACAAGCUUAAUCAAUGGGGGCUUAGGGGUUAAAGAAAUAGAUUUACGGCAAGAUCUAGGCUUGGAUGCCUUGGAAUCGCGACAUUUCGUCAAAAUAUUGGGAAGACUUUCUAUUAUCAAGGGUAUCACGACUAGCGAAGGCAGACAAAUGGUUAAACGAUAUGUGCCCUCGAAUAUGUCAAUCGAUGCAAAAAAUAAUCCAUUACCCGAAUUUAACAAAGCGGAAACAGAUUUCAUAAAUUUUUUCAAAUCUACGAAUAACGAGGAAGGAUUACGACUCUUUAAGCAGGAUAAAGAAAAAAUGAUUUAUACCGCACUUUCGCUCAACCGCCUCCUAGAAUUAUCUCAAUAUAUCCACACUCACCGAGUUAUUGGUUCGCAAUAUUGUCUGGCAUCACAUUUGCGAGACAAGGAAAGUCAAAACAAUAUAGCUUUUAAGAUGUGCCUUAAAACGCUCUACAAGUUGGUGUCUAAAUUGGCCGAAUUCAAAAUUGUCAAAUUGAUAAAACUCGCCUUAUCAUCCAACAAUGAUCUGCAAACCACCAUAGUAUGUGACGCAAGUGUACCACUAGAUGACCCCUUGAUCGUUCGGUACACGAGCGAGAUCAAGUUGUUAUUUUUGAGCCAAGCCACUGAUAAGAGACUUAAAGAUGGCGGAGAACAGAACCUUAUACACGAAAAUAUCGAAAUUAACGCAUCUAUCCAACAUUUCAAUGAGAAGAUUUUAACAUACGACAAAAAUGCAAGAAUUUUGCGAGGCGUUAACGAGAUUAUAUUGAAUCCGACCUCUAAAAUCCAGGUGGAACCUACAAAUCUAUACUACGGGAGGGAACCUAGAAUGAUACGUUGCGGUUUUCUUCAUCAAUAUUUGCUAUACCUAAAUCAAAUCGAACUUUUACAAGAUCACAUAUCGCCAUUACAACCCGUCAAAGAGCCUAAAAUAUAUUAUUCUGGUGACAAUAAUUUAUACCCGUGGAGAAAGUACAUUCCUUUCAAGGCCUAUAAACCCAAAUCUAGAAUCGCCGAAAUGGAGAAAAUGGACAUUCAAACUGUUGUCGAUUACAUGCCCCUGUCAUUGUUCAUCGCCACAGUUUUCAUAUCGUGGAAAGUGGACGGCUUAGAAAACUAUUUUUGUGAUAAAGAUAAAAAACAUUAUCUUGUGUCUCAUCUUCCUACCAAAAUUCAGGAACAGUUAUUUGUGAGGCGCAAAUACCUUCGGAAUGUAGUGGACUGUAUUUUAUGUUUGGUGACUAUAGGCUUGGUAGAAUUGGAUAAAAGUGGCCGGAUAUACAGUAAAUUCCUCGUGCAACCCUAUCCAUGCGCUACACUGAUUGACACUCGGAUGUCCCUUCCCGGCCAUUUUACCAUUAAAGAACCAUUUAAAUCUUCAAAAAAAGUAUGUUCCAGCAAAGGGGACAACGAAACGGGUACAACUUUUUUCCCCCACAAGCAUUACGAUUUCUUUCGAGACUUCGAGGACCCUCACCGAUAUUGGGAAGAUGUGAAAUUCAUUACCAGUCAUACGUCUUUAAGGCAAAUGAGGAGUUCAUUGGAAAUUAUGGCACCCGGGAACAAGUUUACAACUGACAAUGUAACAGAAUCGAAAGACGUUGGAACAGCUUAUGUUAUAAAUGUUUUUCUGUCUCAGCUAAUGAAACUUUACUCCGAUAAUACCUUUCUAUUUGGAUCGCCUCGCGAGUUCGAUUGCAAAAAGUCGACUAACAGCUCAGAAUGUUAUUUGCCGCCGGGAGACAAUUUAGGAACUUGCGGCUUUGAUUCAAAACUAAGAAUCCACGGUUCCAACAAUUGGGAACUCACCAUAGAAGACGUUAAAUGCAGGAACAAUUAUAUUGAACAAUACAAAAUGAAUAUUGAUGACGUUGCCGUCAAACGCAAGAAAGAGAAAUCGAAUGUUUCAAGAAUAAAAUUUCGAAAGCUCGAAAAAGAGAAAAAAAAAAGUGUCAAUGGCAAGUCUAUAUCGUUUUUACCGUUGCAUCAACAAUAUGUUCGUUCACUUCAAAUAAGUAGGAAACCAAGGAUAGAAAAAAUGGACAAAGUUGCCAAGAAUUUAAAAAAAAUGUGUAAUCUAGUUGCCCUAUUUGGAAUCGUUAUCGAAAAAAUUAUCUUCCUUUAUACUCGCAAAGCCCGAAAAACUCGUACCUUAGCAAAAUCGGACUUAAUAUACCAUUAUCUCUGCAAACUGAUAGAAUCUUUAGGGUAUUACAUACCUCCCGUAUGUCAGAAACAAGCUUACAAAAAGCCUGGGAGUAAUUCCGACUUCGUCAUUAUGCUCGCUAGCAGAGCGUCGACAUUCCGCUUUAUACAUCAUUACAGGAAAUUAUUAAUCGGGGAACAAAAAAACGAGGAUCAUUUGACCAAUUUUUGCGUCUCCUAUUUGGUUACCACGAAAAAUUUGACCCAACUUUUUGUCAAAUACAAUUCUAGCUCGGAUCAGUUAUUUUACUAUCUGAUGAACGAUUUGGUCGAUUAUUUUUUGAUACCCGUUGAAAUUUUUGAUUCCGACGUUCCUAUUCGAUUGAAAUUGUCGCCCAAAAACCGUCACAAUGCGAUAACUUCUAAAAGUUAUUCCUACGAAGCGUUCAUCAAAUCUUUAUCAUUCUGGGACGAGUUUCAAAACGUGGCGAAGAGGCAUGCCGAUAAGCCGCUUUCACUAAACAAUAGUUAUCAACCUCCCUCGGCCAUCCUUUGUUUUGAUAUAUUGUGCAGCCAUGUAAUUGGCAGAGCGUUCGAUCAAAAGCUUCCUUACAAAUACACUUUUAAUCCCUUGUGGAUGGUAAGACCUAUCGAAAUGACGAAAAUGAGAGUCACGUGGAACGCUGUGUCGGCCAUUAUGUGCGAGCGAAGCUUAGUUUAUUUCAAAUCUAUCAAAAGAAUUAAACCAGAAUUCCUUUUAAACACAUCACGGUUUUAUAAAAUUAUCAAAGAAUACGCUAAGCCAGACGUUUUAAAAAUUCUUAUCGAUACAUACAUACGUUUUAAAUUCUCUCCCGGGAAAGCGUUGUUACAAAUUACUCAGAAUUUUGACGUCUUUCCCCUCCGCGAUGACGAAUCUGAUGGCGAUAUUCAUAUCCUAACAACUUUGAAAUCAUCUUCAGAAUCUGAAAAUCCAUGCUCGUCGAAUAUUCUUCUUGAUAUAGGAGCAGACAAAAAUGUUAUAAAAAAAUCGGAGAUACCCAUAAAACAGCUGAUUAUCGACAUGAAACAUGGGACUAUACAAGGUGCCACUACUGAACCUUUAUAUAACGUCUACGAUAUUUCGAGUAUUAUAAUAUCCGGAGAAUCGAAUUUUAAACGUAUUUUGAAUUUUCAAAAAAUUUCGCUUGAAAAUUUCCAUGUCCAAUUCGACAAUGACGAUGACAAAAAAAAUACUUUUCAAAAUGAUAGUGGCAAAAUAUCGAAUUCUCUCUCUAAAAGUGUCGACAAAUAUAAAGAUAUCGAUUCUAUACCCAAACUCGUUGCCAAACUUAAAUAUGUUCCUAGGUUUUCGAGAUGUCAAUUAGCACCUGUUCUCUCGCGUUUUUUGGGCCAAGACGAUUCUCUAUCAAACAUAAAUGUGAUUUUAGACCCAGAUAGUAAACGUAUCGGCGUUGCCCAGCACAAAUCUACCCACUUAGGCUCUCGUAAAAACGAUCCCUAUUGCUAUUAUUCUGCCAGAGUAAAAAGACUUUUGAUGUUGGAAGGAGCGGAUGAGAGAAUUGAGCAAAAUGAUCUAAAAUAUACGUUCACUCAUCUCAUUCAAGAAGCAUUUUUCGUCCCUUUUAAACUGAAGAUUCGCAUGAAAAAUGAAUGUGUCAAGGAACGUUAUAAACACAGAUGGGACUUUACCUUGGCGGAGAAGAUCGAUAUGUUGAUUCCACUAUUAGGGUUCGUGAAAUAUGAGAAUUAUGUUUUAGCUUUGCAUCCAGACUUCGACGUUACGCAAGUAAUUAAAAAUGAUGAUCCGACUAUCGAUCCAUUAACUUACGCCGAUAUAUUGAAAAGUAUCUAUCUAGAUAUCGACACGAGUGGCCAGAAAGGAGUGUCUGAAAAAGAAUUGCUAGGAAAAUAUGGAAGCGACCAUCUUAUAUCUAACACAAAAAGAAAGGUUCCUGAAAUACUUCAUAAAUUAAUUCAUUCCGGAUUCGUAUUCAUGGUUGGAAUAAUGGAAGUGACAUACGUUACCUUAAAACACAUAUCCCAUUGGAGUAUCGACAUAACGCAAAAUAACUCCGAAAAUUUUCUAGUUAAGAAUUUAGAAAAUUAUAUCGAUUGCUCUAUACUCUUCAGCGCUAUAUUUACCUCAUCUCUCACUCAAAACCGGUCAAAUGAGGUUUCAUCCAUAACUAUCCCCAAAAUUUGCAAAUUUGUGAGUCAACCCUGGCUCGACACUGAAACACUUCUACCGCCUUUAGUUAUCACCGAAGAUCCGGACACCAAGCUUUAUGACACACCUUGUUUUUCUUCGGAUCCUGUUAAUCGGAUUAAAUGCCACGAUUUCACCUCCAUUAUUUCCAACUUCGUUUUUUGGUACGAUUUGGUCUACCGAGCCGGCUGCCUCCCGAUGCGAGAGCUAUUGAUCCAAUCUUCGGUCACUCUGACCCCUUCCAAAUUGCGUUAUUUGUUAUCGUUUCUGGUUCAAGCCCGCUUUUUAGCCAUACGACCCGCUCCGAUCAUUCAUAGUUUUCCACUUAACCCGAAAAUUAAUCCCCUGUGUAGCAAUAAGCGACCCAUAUUUCGCCUAACUGAUUCUGAGGGAGAACUCGAAUUUGAAAGGAAUGUGGCAGAGAUGUUUGAAAAUCGAGCGAAUAGAUGGGAAGCUCAAAUAAGGGAUCCACUCUACGGGUUGAAAGACAAUGAUUCGUUUUACGUUUGUGAUGUGACAGUCUCACCCAUCGAUGCCUUAAAGUUUUUCUUCCGAGGGCUUGUCAUGAAAAUCGAUUUUGGGUGAAUGGAAAAAUUAUAAUUUGAAGGAUCGCAAUAAACUUUACUCAACUCAGGAAAAAUGCACCGUUUUCAAAUUGGGAUGUUAUAAAUUUUGCAUUCUAUAAUUAUUUAUGAGUGGAUCGAACUGAAUAAUGAUUAUAUUUUUUAUUUGCUUUUAAAAUUUAAUAUUUAAAUAUAAUGUAAAUAAUUAAAUAAAUUAUAUCAGAUCUAUAUAUUAUUUGAGUCGUAGGGGAGAUCGGGGCAUUACGCCAGGUGUGGUAAAAAGGGAAACGUCUUUAACGUUAUAAAGAUAUAUUUCUAUGCAUACUAUCUAAAUUUACCAUAUAUUCAUUUACUAGCGGGAACUUCUCAUUUAAAGAUUAUUAAUCACAAACGACUUUUUCGUACUUUUUUAUUUA